AUGCCAACAGACAAGUACUUGCCCAAUGUCUGCAUGGUCGGGGCGGGGGAGUACACGACUGGCUUUGUGGGAGGUGGGUCCUCGCCUUCGGACAAGAAGAUCGGUGUCGUCGCUCUCAGCUUCUUCGACCUGCGGCGACGCUCCCUGUGCGGCCCACAGCUCAGCAUUGUUUCAACAGAUGGCUCCAAGCAUGCAGGCAUUCGCGAGCACUUCCACAAGAACAUCGAGAAUGUCUACCGAGACAUGUCCACUACCUACAAUGGAUAUCCAGCCGCCGGCGUAGGUGACGCGGAGGCCUACAAAGCAGCCAUAGACGAGCUUUCACCUGGAGACGCGGUUACGGUGUUCACGCCCGAUCCGACCCACUUUGCUAUCGCAAAGUAUGCAAUGCAACGAGGCUGCCAUGUGAUGGUGACGAAGCCAGCUGUGCAGAAGCUAGAGGAUCAUCUCGAGCUAGCGCGCUUGGCGAAGGAGAAGGGAGUGCUCUGCUACGUCGAGCAUCACAAGCGAUUUGACCCAGCGUACGCUGACGCCCGAGAGAGAGCACGCAAUGAGCUUGGCCACCCAAGCUACUUCUACUCGUACAUGUCGCAGCCAAAGGGCCAGCUCAAAACGUUUGCCAAGUGGGCGGGGGUUGACUCCGACAUCAGCUACUAUCUCAACUCGCACCACGUCGAUGUGUUUGAUUGGUUCGUUCAAGGUCGCGCAAGACCGACACGCGUGACCGCCUCCGCUUCGUACGGCAUUGCUGAGUCGCUAGGAUGUCGUCCGGGGACGGAGGAUGCGAUCACGCUAGUCGUCGAAUGGAUUUGUAUCGACAAGGACGGCAAAGAUGAGAAGCCUGAGCAUAGGGCGACAGCCAUCUUCACUGCCAGCUGGACGGCGCCUGAAGGGGCUGGCGUGCAUUCGGAGCAGGGCUUCCAUUACGUCGGCUCGCGUGGCGAAGCACGCGUCAACCAAUCGCGCCGUGGCUACGAAGUCGUCUCUGACUCUGUACCGGGUCCACGCUCUCUGAACCCAUUCUACGUACAAUAUGCUCCGCUGGACGGCUACUUCCAAGCACAGGUGGGCUAUGGUACGCGCUCCAUCGAGGCCUUCACGCGGGCGUGCACAGCGAUCAACUCUGGGGAGAGAAAGGUGGAGGAGUUCGAAGAAGUGCUCCCCACUAUCGGGGGGACUGUGAUGACUACGGCAAUCUUGCACGCGGGAAGACUGAGCUUGGAUGAGCGAAGGGGAGUGGGAAUUGACAUUGAGGCAAACGGGAGGCCGAAGUUGGACUGAUGGUCUUGAGGAUGAGGUGGCGAGGAAGGGCUUAGGCCUGCUACAACUUUCGGGAGCUAUGCUUCGUCGAUGGCGCGGUGCCUUCCGACCUCAAAUGUCAUCUCGUUCAAGCUUCAAUUGUUAGCGACGGUGAACAGCGGAAG